CUCCUCCUCCUCCUCCUCCUCCAAGGUGGCGACAGCCAGUUUGGCAGCCAAGUGGCCCGCGACUCCGUUGCUGCUGGAGGCGAGUGAGUUUAUGGCAGAAGAAAGUAAUGAGAAGUUUUGGCAGUUUUUGGAGACUGUACGAGAAUUAACAAUAUAUAAGCAAGGAGACUCAGAAUAUUCCUAUUACAACUUAAUAUUGAAGAAAGCGGGGCAGUUUUUAUCCAAUCUGCAGAUAAAUCUCCUAAAAUUUGCCUUUUCAAUAAGGGCAUACUCUCCAACCAUUCAGAUGUUUCAACAGAUUGCAGCUGAUGAACCGCCACCAGAAGGUUGCAGUGCAUUUGUGGUUAUUCAUGAACAGCACACCUGUAAAACUAAUGAGAUUAAAAAGCUUCUGAGGAAGGCUGCUGAGAGACCCAGGCCAUAUCUUUUCAAAGGAGAUCAUAAAUACCCUAAAAUCAAUGAGAAUGUUCCGGUGGCUAUUCUUUAUGCAGAAAUGGGUACAAAAGACUUCGUUAAAUUUCAUGAAAUCCUCUCUGAAAAAGCUCAAAACCAGGAGAUUAUGUAUGUUUUCCGGCAUUAUGUUCAGAAACCAAAAUCCAAGAAAAUGUAUUUAUCUGGGUAUGGUGUGGAACUUGCAAUUAAAAGCACGGAGUACAAAGUAAUGGAUGAUUCACAAGUUAAAGCUACAAAUGAAACCGAGCUAGAAGAGGACAAUGAAGAAAAUGAAAUUCAGGGAUUUCUCUUUGGGAAAUUGAAUAAAAUUCAUCCCGACCUUAAAGAUAAUUUGAAGGAGUUGAGAAAACACCUUAUUGAAAGUACUAAAGAAAUGGUGCCUUUGAAAGUUUGGGAACUUCAAGAUAUUAGUUUUCAAGCAGCUUCACAGAUUAUGUCUACUCCUGUUUAUGAUGCCUUAAAAUUAAUGAAAGACAUUUCUCAGAACUUCCCGAUGAAGGCCAGAUCUCUGACAAGAAUUGCCGUAAACCAAGACAUGAGAAAAGAAAUAGAAGAAAAUCAAAAGAAUUUCCCUGAAGUCCUUGGAAUUCAGCCUGGGGAUGCUCGUCUGUUUAUAAACGGUCUCCAUAUUGACUUGGAUGUUCAUGAUCCUUUUAGCAUUUUGGAAAUACUAAAAUCAGAUGGGAAGGUAAUGCAUGGCCUUCAUGAUCUUGGACUCAGCGAGAAAGACCUCAGCAGACUUCUAAGAUUAAAUGCACAUUCUACAGAUGUCAGCUACGCAUUAGAUAUUCGUCAUCCUUCAAUUAUAUGGAUCAAUGACAUAGAAAAAGAUGACAUGUACGAAAUGUGGCCUACCAGUUGCCGGGAGCUUCUGAAGCCCAUAUUCCCCGGAAGCAUACACCAAAUUAGGCGCAAUUUUUACAAUCUGGUUCUGUUUGUUGAUCCAGUUCAAGAAAUGGCAGCUGAUUUUGUGAAAGUGGCUGAACUAUUCUAUCAUCAUAAAAUUCCCCUUAGAAUUGGUUUUGUAUUUAUUCUUAAUACUGAUGAUAAAGUGGAUGGAAAAGAUGAUCCUGGCGUUGCUCUUUGGAGAACUUUUAAUUACUUUGCAGAAGAAGAUGAUAUCACCAGGGCUUUUAUCUCCAUAAUAAAUAUGUACCACAAAGUGAAGAAAGGAGAAACUCUGACUGUAGACAAUGUAAAGAGUGUUCUUCAAAAUGAAUUUCCUCAUGCUGAUCUCCAGGAAAUCCUGGGAGUUGAUUCGGAGUACGAUGAGAAAAGGAAGGCAGGAGCAACCUUUUAUAAAAUGACCGGCCUGGGUUCUUUGCCUCAAGCUCUAUUUAAUGGAGUGCCCUUUAACAGUGAAGAGGUGGUUCCUGAAGAGAUGGAAACGGUUAUUCUCCAAAAGAUUAUGGAUACAACAGAGUUCUUUCAGAGAGCAGUCUUCAUGGGAUUGCUUAAUGACCAGAUGAAUGCAAUUGAUUUUCUUAUGGAUCAGAGUAAUGUAGUGUCUCGUAUCAAUCCCUUAGUACUUGGCACUGAAAGGCGAUACCUUAAUUUAAUGUCCACAUCAGUGUCAGUUGAUAUUCAAGAUUUCUCCACUUUCUCCUAUUUGGAUUCACAAGAUAAGAGUGCUGUAAUUGCAAGAAAUAUGAGAUAUUUAACCAAAAAAGAUGAAGAUGCAGUUUCUGCAGUCACCAUCUGGAUUAUUGCAGAUUUUGACAAGGCAUCUGGGAGGCAACUACUUUCUAAUGCUUUGAAACACAUGGUCCUGGGACCAUUGGCUGAAAACUAUUUCUAUACUGAAGAUUUUCGCCUAUUGGAAAAAAUAACAUUUAGAACCUCAGCAGAGAAAAUUAAAGCAAUUGUUAAGGAUAUGAAAGUCAACUCAGAAAGUGGAAGUGACUUGGUUAUGAAAGUGGAUGCCCUUCUGUCCUCAGGCCCUAAAAGAAUGUCAAGACAAGAAGUUAAAUUUCUUAAAGACCAACACAGUAUUGUAAAGAUAAAUCCUCAAGAAAAUGAUGCAUUUUAUGAUGUUGUUGCUAUUGUUGAUCCAUUGACAAGAGAAGCACAGAAGAUGGCACACUUAUUGAUUGUACUUGGCCAAAUAGUCAACAUGAAGCUGACAAUGUUUAUGAACUGUAGGUCUAAGCUCUCAGAAGUACCUUUAAAGAGCUUUUACCGCUUUGUUCUGGAACCAGAAUUGAAAAUGGAGGCCAGUGGUAUUCUCACUUCUGGGCCUGUGGCAAAAUUCUUGGAAAUGCCGGAAUCGCCACUUUUGACCCUAAACAUGAUUACUCCAGACAACUGGUUGGUUGAAGCAGUAUAUAGCUCCUGUGACCUAGAUAAUAUUCAUUUAGAAGGCAUUGAGGGAACUGUGACAGCAGAAUAUGAACUGGAAAAUCUAUUACUUGAAGGGCACUGCUUUGAUAUAAACACUGGUCAACCUCCUCGGGGCUUGCAGUUUACCCUUGGCAUGAAAAAUAAGCCUGCUAUGCUCGAUACCAUUGUGAUGGCCAAUCUGGGAUACUUUCAGUUAAAAGCAAACCCAGGUGCUUGGACUCUGAGAUUGCGCAAAGGAAAAUCUGAAGAUAUUUACCACAUAAAUGGGCAUGAAGGAACAGACUCUCCAUCAGACUCAGAUGAUGUUAUUGUAGUAUUAAGUAACUUUAAGAGCAAAAUCCUUAAAGUACAGGUACGGAAAAAGCCAGACAAAAUUAAUGAAGAUCUACUUUCUGAUAAAAAUAAAGAAAACCAAGGUAUUAGGGACUCCGUUUCAAGUUCUGUAGAAGGAAUCCAAAUAGAGGGAAAAGACCAAACCAAUCAAGGUUUUCUAAACAUCUUUUCAGUUGCUUCUGGCCAUUUAUAUGAACGUUUUUUGAGAAUUAUGAUGCUUUCUGUUUUACGUCACACUAAAACACCAGUUAAAUUUUGGUUUUUGAAAAAUUAUCUCUCUCCAACAUUUAAAGAUAUCAUUCCUCACAUGGCUAAGGAAUACGGAUUUCACUAUGAGCUGGUCCAGUAUAGGUGGCCUCGAUGGCUUCAUCAGCAGACUGAAAAGCAAAGAAUUAUUUGGGGUUACAAAAUUCUGUUCCUUGAUGUCCUUUUCCCACUAGCUGUGGACAAAAUCAUUUUUGUGGAUGCUGACCAGAUUGUGAGAGCUGAUCUAAAGGAACUCCGAGAUCUUGAUUUAGGUGGAGCUCCAUAUGGCUAUACCCCUUUCUGUGACAGCCGCACAGAAAUGGAUGGAUAUCGUUUCUGGAAAACGGGGUACUGGGCAUCACACCUUGGGAAAAGGAAGUACCACAUCAGUGCCCUCUAUGUAGUAGAUCUCAAGAAGUUCAGAAAAAUUGCAGCAGGAGACCGACUUAGAGGACAGUACCAGGCUCUCAGUCAAGAUCCAAACAGUCUGUCAAAUCUAGACCAGGACCUACCUAAUAACAUGAUUCAUCAGGUCGCCAUUAAGUCUCUUCCUCAAGAGUGGUUGUGGUGUGAAACUUGGUGCGAUGACGAAUCCAAAAAACAAGCCAAAACAAUUGACUUGUGUAAUAAUCCCCAAACGAAAGAACCCAAAUUGGAAGCGGCUGCCCGCAUUGUCCCCGAAUGGUCAGAGUAUGACACCGAGCUCCGACAGCUGAUACAGCGGAUUGAAGAGGGGAAGAAAAGCUCAAGCAAGCCGACCUCCAAAAAGGGCUUCCAACGGGAUGAACUUUAAUUUAUUUGCCUUCAAAAAAAAAGAAGUGUUUUGAAAAACACCAGUUCUGCUGUGGGCCAUGGACUGAAAGAUGUCACAGCUGCAGAAGCUUGAUAUUACUGUUUAUCACUGCCCAGGUCAAAGGUUCACUAACCAAAACUCAGAUUACUUAAGACCUGUUCAUGUACCGAGGGUGGCAACGCAAGCAAAACUUAUUUUGGUUCUGAAUUACUUUUCUUCUGGAACCGACCUGCUGGUCCCAUCAUUUGUACUAUAGAAGCUUUGAACUUAAGCCAGCGGCACUGUCAGUGUACAAGAGAAACUUUCUAACGGAGUCCUCAAUGAUGGGAUCCUCAAAAAUCAGGUAUUCUUGCUCCAUUUCCCUCUAAAUCCGUGCACCCGAGUUCUCUAGCAAAGUGUAUCUGCAUAUGGGAUGAUGAACCAAAUACACCUGAAGUUUCAGAUGCUGGAUUUUUCACUGUUACCACAUUCUACUUCUGCACAGACUUCCAGAAAGAGAUCCUGACAGACUCGGACUUCUAGACAUUAAGGGCAUUUGGUUUUAGUAAGUGGUGCGAUGUCAAUGGGUAUUUUUGGUUUACUAAAACAUAUGUUUGCCUUAUUUAAGAAAAAUGUGUUACUGUCCAAUGUGAAUUCAGGGAAGACUUCAUAGAGAACUGCAUCUAAUUGGUCUCUGAGAAAAUGGUUGGCCAGAGUGCACUGUUACUGCAAUAAAAAUAUUUUUAAAUUGGAGUUUUCAAAUUAAAAACCUAGGAAAGAUUUUAUGUUGACCUUUUUCACACUUUUAAACAGCAAUAGUGUCUCACAGUUUCCUUUUAUAGCAUACAAAUCUGAAUUUUUCCAAAUUAAAACUCACACUGUCACCAAA